AUGGCUAAAGGCAACCAACUAGCAAUUUUCCUCUGUUUCUUUGCAUGCAUCUCCCUGGUUGCCUCAACCAGCACAGAAGAAAUAAGACAAGCAGAAAAACAUGGCCGGCUAACACAAGCCCAACAAUGCCGUAUCCAGCACAUCUCCGCCAAACAACCGUCGCAAAAGAUCGAAAACGAGGGCGGUUUGAUCGAGAUUUGGGAACAGAAUGACGACAUGUUCCAAUGCUCCGGCGUAGCAUCCUUUCGGUACACCAUAAGGAGCAAUGGACUCUCUUUACCUCAGUAUCACUCAUCCCCACGUCUCGUAUUCGUCGAAAGAGGUGAAGGAUUGGUCGGCUUAAACUUCCCUGGAUGCGCAGAGACUUUCCAAUCAGGGUCGGAUUCCCACCAGAAGGUUCAUCGUAUCCGCAAAGGAGACCUCUUCGCCAUCCCUCAGGGUGUGGCUUAUUGGAUCUUUAACGACUGUAGUGAUGACCUAGUUACCGUUGCUGUUAACGACCUCAGCCAAAUCGGAAACCAGCUCGACCACCAAUUCAGGGCAUUCUAUAUGGCCGGCGGAGAGACCGAGACAUCCGAGAAAUACUUCCAAAACCUUUUCCAACAUUUCGACACGGAGUUGAUCGCCGAAUCCCUCAGCAUGCCUGUGGAGGUUAUGCGUAAGAUACAGGAAGGAGACCAGACUAGGAAAGGAUACAUCGUGACCGUCCGCAAGGGGAUGAGCAUUAUCAGGCCCGACGAGAGGGAACAAGGGGAGUGGAGCCCAAGAGGAAACGGGAUCGAAGAGAACAGCUGGUGUAGCAUGGAGAUCCGACACAACAUGGAGUCCCGACAAGAAUCCGAUGUCUAUUCACGACAAGGAGGCCGAGCCUACUCUGUCAACCAAAACAAACUUCCUAUCCUCCGCUUACUCGAUAUGAGCGCUGCCAAAUUACAAGUCUUCCCCAACGCUAUAUACAGUCCAAGUUGGAACGUGAACGGGCAUACGGUUGUGUACGUGACCAAGGGUGAGGCCGAGGUGCAGAUUGUGGACCAGAGCGGGCAGACCAUGAUGAACGAACGUGUUCGGGAAGGAGACAUGUUUGUGAUCCCACAGUUCUUCGUGGCGACAAGUAGAGCAGGGGAGAAUGGAUUCGAGUCGGUAGCAUUCAAGACGACAAGCGUGUCUAUGAAGAGCCAGUUGGCCGGAUACACUUCGGUUAUGAGAGGCAUGCCUAUCCAAGUUAUCGAAAACAUCUACAAGGUGUCUCCUAGUCAAGCUAAGGAUCUCAAGUUUAACACCGGUAGCCAGAGCUUGUUCAUGUCUUCUUCAAGGACCACAGGCUUCUCUUCUUAAGCAAGUUUUUGUACUAUGAUCAACA